AAAAAAAAAGAAGAUGAUGGGGGAAGCAAAUGAAGCACAGUCGUUUUGAUGAGGCUCGGGUUAGGUCGGCUAAAAAAAUUCGCUUUUUCUAAUUUGGGGGUUUCAAUUACAUAGAGGAGGAGAGAGACUUGUUCGUUUCCAAACAAUAUAAUCUUGUUCCGAUGGCAGCGAUACAGAUGCUCGAUCAGGUUGAUGAUUCCGCUGAUUCACUGAUGCAAUCCGUACGCGAGGUCCAAACCAAGAUGGCUCUGCUUCACUCCACGGUUGGCGACUUACUCACUUCCAUGUCGGAGACCCUAAAUUCCAUGGCGGAGAUGAAGGAAGCACUUCUUCACCAACCCACAGCUCCGACACCGUCUGAAUCGAAAGUUACGGUGAAUCAGGACCUCCCUGUAGCACCAGCACCAGCACCUCCACCACCGACGAAACAAUCGACCGCGCCGGUGGAUAACUCAGUCAAAGAGCACCCGUUGUCUCGCUACAUUAAACUGAAGAAGACCAAGAUCGAGAUGCCAGUCUUCGAAGGAGGUCCCAAUGUUAAUUCGUGGCUUUUCAGAUCCGAACGAUACUUCGAGUUCGGUAACUUCACGGACGCGGAGAAGAUCCGAUUAGCUUAUAUGAGUGUGGAAGGUCAAGCUUUGUGUUGGUUUAAGCUUGAGGAACGUGAGCCUUUUCUAGAUUGGAACGAUUUCAAAGUUAGGGUUUUAGAGAGGUUUGGGGAUCCCAUAUCUCCUAUGGAACGUUUACUCUCUCUCAAACAAGAUGAAUCUGUGAUACGUUAUCUUGGUGAGUUCGAGGAUCUCUCCACGCAAUGUUCUGGUCUCCCUGAUUCUGUUCUUGAGGCUGUGUUCAUCAAAGGGCUUAAGAAGGAGAUUCAGGACAUGCUCCGUAUGUUUCAACCAAAGGGGUUGAGUGAUAUCAUCAUGAUGGCUCGUAGAGUGGAGAAUAGUCCUUUUUGCCGUGUUAUGAAAUGAAAUGAACCCACCCACCACUUACGGAUUCUGAGUUUUAAGAUCUGUGUCUUCGUUAAAAGAACUACAACCAGUUAGAUUCUUACCCUCUUUUGGUGCUCUUUGAGGCUUGUCUUCUUCUGUGAAUCGGUAAGCUCACUCUGUUAGAUUCUCUUGUAGUCAUCUUCUAGGCUCUAGCAUUGAGUGUUAUGUUGGGUUGGUUUGUUGUUUGAAGAUGGUUUCCAUGUAUUCAUUCAUACAAUUGCAACCUACAAAUCAGUGUUUUUUUAUCUAAUCUUGAUGGCUCCCACUAGUCAUUACUUUCUUCUUUCAA